GAAGAAUGUUCCUUUGUGCUAGCACUGCCAGUCUGUGAAUGUCCCAGGCCACAGAUCUUGAUCUGUUUGCGAUCAACACAGACCGCUCCCUACACGACCAGACACCCAAUGAGGACUUUGGUAACAUUAUCGCCUCGUGCUUGUUACUGGCAUCCGUGUUUAGUGUCCUUCUGGCGGGAUCCCUGCUGUUCUACAAGCUGCUGUCAUCCGAGGCAUCCGACACCUCCGACAGCCAGUACUGCCGUACUGAAGACUGUAAGCUGAUUGGGUGGAUGUACUCCAAAUACAUUGGCCGCGGGGACAAUCCGUGUAAUAAUUUCUACCAGUACGUUUGCCAGGGAUUCGAAGUAAGUGUCCUUGGCGCCAUGGCAACCAACUUGUCGCGCAAUAUUUACGAGGCGUUCAUUGAGCUAAAGACUCCUCGCAAGAACCAGACUGCACCGCAGAAAGCUGCUUCGUUUUACCAGCAAUGCUUGGUUGCCGCAAGAGUCGCAAAGAAAGAAAAUGGCAACCUCCUCGCUACAUUUUUCCGUGACCUCAAGCUGUCCUUCGAAGUGUUGCAGACGACGGACCCGAUAGAUACGUUGGUCUUGCUAGGGAUGCGUUACGACCUUCACAUCUUCUUCUCUUUUGCUUUGAAGAAACUGACGCUGAUAGCUGAUGACUACUUGUUUUUGGUGAAGGAGAGUGCCCUCUUCGAGGCUUGGCGAAAGAGACGCGCAUCCUAUCUUAGAGUACAGGGCCGAUACAGUGAAUACGUACAAAACGUAUUAGAUGGAAUCGACAUCACGGAGAAGACUGAGCUUGACAACGUGACGAGUCGAAUCCGCUCAGUGGAAGAUGAGGUUAUCAAAGUCAGGAGUCAGAAUGACGGGAAACAUAAUUACAUCACAGUUCGACUCUCAAGCUUUCUGACAGACCCGGCACUGCUGCCUCGGUGGGACGCUGCUCUCGAGAAACACACAACGUACGUGUUACCUUCAAACUACUCAGUCUCCAGCGAAGAGCAGAUGUACACAUUCCUUAACAACAUAUUUGCGAUUGACACGAGUCGACUGAGCACUUACAUCACCUGGGAGGCAGCUAGGCAACUGUCCGUUUUGUCCGGUAUGGUCGCGGAUCCAGAUGUGGUUUUCAACAGCAACUACUGCUACGCGAUGACGUUACGGCUCUUCAAACACGCCGUAGUAUCGCCUUACCUCAUCUCGGUCAUAGAUCACCCAAAACUGGAUGCCGUUUCAAACAUCAUCACAGAUAUCUGGGACAGCGCCUCUCAACGCAUGGCAGAGUCGAGCUGGUUGGACAACUCGACAAAGACUGCCCUGUUACGGAAGCUCCACAGGUUGAAAUUUGUCGUGGGCUAUCCGACCGGCAUGAGCACCGCCCUGGGUCUGGAGCUCCUGUACUCCGACUACCCCGACAUGACAGGUCCUUAUCUUUCAGCACUGCUGAAAGCCUCGCACGCCUACAGCAGGAGCCUUCUGAAGCACAUCCACGCCUUUCCCGACGAUCUAGUGGCAGCGGAUUUUAACUACGACUCCGUCGGCGCCUAUUACAUCAGGGGCAACUACGUCUACAUUCAAGCUGGACUCCUGCUACCACCCGCGUACGUUCACGGGGCACCACCCGAAAUUAACUACGGCGGACUCGGUCACGCCAUAGCCCACGAAAUGAUGCGCGCGUUCGACGACUCGUCCAGGAAAGUUGACGAGUACGGUAAUGAAAUCGCCUGGUCAGCGGAAAGCGACAAAGCAUUUAAGGACAAGAUGGAGUGUCUCAACAGCAGCAGCAUCAUCGCGACCCCGAGAAGGCAGCGCGUAUUGCGCGACGACUACGAGCCUGACGCGCUGGCAGUGAAGUCACUUUAUGAGGCCUACAGGAUGGCUUCCGACGAUUCUUCCCUUAGGAUCGAGGGCCUGGAACGUUACACGAGCGACCAGCUGUUCUUUAUUAGCAGCUGUUACUUUUACUGCUUGGGCAGGGCGGAGAGGAGAAUUUCUCGUCCUGCGCGCCCGCAUCGCUGCAAUGUUCCCUUGGCCAACAGCGCACAGUUUGCCACGGCGUUCAACUGUGCACCUGGAACUCCCAUGAACCCUACAACGAAAUGUGAAAUCUGGUAGACGUGGAAGUGUGUUUUGAAAAGACCCACAAGUAUGUGGAAAGGUGUCUCAUCUUCACCUUGCUGACAAUUUUGUGCAACUGUGAAUAUUGGAAGAUAUAUAUAAGACAGCUUCAACUCAAUUACAAUACUGCACAACUUUCAGUCCCAUUAAUGGUGCGCAAUAAACCGUAUCAAAUACAGUGCGAGUCUCAAAUUACAUUACUGGUUGCUGAACGCCGUUUUAUGCCGCGCGCCUCAACUACACGGAGGAAGAUUUAAAAAGUAGAGCAUCCGUAUAACCUAUAUGGAAAUUGAAUGAACCAAAUGUUGAUAGCACACGCUUGAUCGUGUAUUGUACUAAUAUUUCUCUCAAGAAACUCUGCGAGACAAGACUGCGUUGAACAGCAGAGGCUCUCGAACCAAGGCUCGUGCAUCGUUGUCCACUUCUUCAUGGUCCACGGGGUGUUGGAUUCUUUCACCCUGGGAUGGUAUCUGUAAACGCCAGUAAUUGAUUGAUUGAUUGUCAUGCGUGUGGUGUUCAAUGCUCUUGGAUGCACCUUGCUUGGCAGCAGUCUUACAACAGAAUAAGGGGACUUGCAGCGAUUGCCUCACACCAUGCGCCAUUUUGAGCUGGGUUGCGCACCACUGUGUCUAGGAUGUGAUGGCUGUGACUUUGAGAUUGGACUUUGAGAUUGAACUGACGAUAGCUGCACCAAAUGUGCAAGAAGACAAAGGGGCCGGUGCAAGCUGUGCUAUAGUUUGACUGAACGAGAAUGUGAAAGGAGCGAAGUGAAGUGAAGUGACGCACCUCAUCCCUUUUGAAUCAGAGCAGUCGUUAAAAGAACGCCAUCCAGGGGCCAUCCAGGAGCUUGUCCACCAUCACUAGGGGUCACUGGAGUUGCAGUGCCAGGAUAUCGCUUUGCGAGCACCCAAUUGCGCGAUACUUUUAUUUCGUGGUUUGCUGGUUUUCAUUUUAUGCUAAGACUGAAAACACAGAUGAAAGUUUGCUUGCUGGAAGACCGGUUAGCCGUUUAAAUAUUGAGUGUAGUGGUUCCAUGUCAAAGGGGAAGAUUACCAGGACACUUGAUCCUAUUUACAUAUAGUCUAUUUUUGAACACGUAAAGCAGAGUAAACUAGAUUUUGACACAUUUACUUUUCCAGCCUCAAAAUUUACUGCCUUUUAUUUUUUGCAAAUUAGCCAGUGCUCUAAUUGCACAAGAUGUUGUUUGAAUGGCUAAGUCUAGUCCGUGAUAGACCAAACUGCACCGAAAAAAAUUGCUUCCUCCGGAACACAAUAUUUUGCGUCUCAAUUGUGUGUUCUACGUAGAAACAGAUUGAAGAAAAUAAAAAUUUGAUUCAAAUGAAAACAAAAUAAAAUUUUGAUCUCCCGAGACUGCGUACCAGACGCUUGAAACAUGCAAAUUUUUGAGUUUUUCAGUGAUGACCGUGAAUGUGACCACGGAGCAACAGCAUGUACGGGA